AGAAAAUAAAUAUAAAAUAGGCUAAAAUAAUCCUUUUUUAAAAGUUUAGUAAGGCUUAGACUUAAUAAAAUAAAAAUGAUAGAUGUUCUUGUUUUCGUCUAUUAAAACAUUGAAGGCUAAUCAAAAUGUAGAGAGCUGACGAUACAACAAUCAUAAACUUUUUAUUAAUUCGCAUAUGCCUAUCUAUGAUUUUCUGUUUGAACUAACUAAAGACUAAAGAGUAAAGAGGUAAAAGUAAAUGAAAGUAAACAGAAGACUAAAUUAAAUAGUUAAAGUUAAAGUAACUAGUAAAUAAAGUCUAUGCCUAUAAUUUAGUAUAAUAUAGUAAUAUAGUCUAUAACUUAUAACAGUAACAGAAUAAGUUAGUCUUCUUAGUUAGAGUAGACGCAAUAGACACUUGACUGUAACUUAGUAAGUUUGACACUUGACUUAGACUUAGUCAACAACGUCAAUGACUAUGAGUGACCAAUAUAAUUAUAUAUUAUAAUAUUUAUUAAUAUAUCAAUGAUCAAAAUCAGGGCCAUAUUAAGCCAUCUUGGUGCCCUAGGCAUAAACCCACAUGGGUGCCCCUUACUGCCCCGGGCCCCCGAUCAUCCACUGACUGUUGGUAUGUUCAAUAUUAUGCAAAAAAAACUAACAAAGAAAAAUAGUUGUGAAAUGUAAAUACAUGUUUGUACUACUAUCACUCAUAUAAAACCUACAAUAAGGUAUUUCUGUAUUAAAAUUAAUCGUUAAUUAAUUUUGUAAUAAUAGUAGACAAAAAUACUGUAAGUUUUUUGAUAGAUAAGAAAGUCAGAGAGAGCACACAUUUACAUUUUAAAGUUGUUUUUUUCUAGAUUUACGUCUGGCAAAGUUUUUGAGUACAUCAUCAAAGUUAAUUUUGCGCAACAAGUCUGCCUAAAUCAUCAGCGAAGAUAAAGAAUCAAGCCUUUCUUGUUUCAUUGUCGAUCUACUUGGAUUUUUUGUAAGUUUCAACUGAGAAAAAGAGCGCUCAGUUGAACAGUUCGUAACCAUUAAUGUUAAAAAUAUGCGCAAGGCGAUUUCUACAUUUGGAAAAGCACACUCGAUGUUGUCUCUAACUAUUACUUUGUAGAGUUCUGCAUGACUGAAUGUGUUGUUCUCAGAUUUUGAUGCACGAAACUUGUGGCGAAUAUAUGAGUGGAACUGUUGUAGUUUAGUAUAUAAAUUAUUGUUCAGAUCUUCAGGCUACGCAUUUAUUAGUCCUUCACAACACUGAUAUGUUUGUGGUACAUCAACCAAACAAGAAAAUCGAACUGCUGGAUCAUUAUAUACCUGUCCUCGUCUACUCAUUUCUGUCUCAAGUUUGUCAACAAUGGUGUAGAAAGCAGAUAUACGAAAUUGUCUCUGGCAUUCUGAGAUACCAAUAACCCCUGUCUUUCAUUUACGAUUACGGGUCAAAGUUGACUUAAUCCACACCUGGUGUUAUUUCUUUUGCAGCUUCUUCAAAUCUUUCAAAUUCAUUCCUAGAUUCAUGCAAGUGAUCUGCUAGUGAAGAAUACAAAUCAGCAUGUUUUCAAGUUCACAUGCUCAUUUUGUAGAGCUUGAUUGACCCUGUGAAAAUGUUGUAACACUUCUUCCCAAAAGACAACCAUGAAAGCAAAUUCUAAUUCUUGCAUCUUCUUUGCAAUGUUUUCUGCUUCUCUUCUGGUGCCCCCCUUCUGUGACUGGUCUUCUUGUAAAUAUUUUAACGCAUAUAUAAUCUGAGGAUGAGACUUUAGAAUGGCUUCAGUUGCAACAGCAUAUGCUUCCCAUCUGGUAUAGGAAAGUACUUUACCAGCUUUUCAUUCACAAGGCAUCCUUUCAAUAUUAAAUUUGUGAUUUGCUUACGCCAUGCAAUUACUCUACCGGGACGAUAUACACAUUUUUCUUGAGGACUUGUGGUGUCCCCCAAAUGCUUGGUACCCUAGGCAUGUGCCUUGUUUGCCUUUUGGUUAAUCCAGCCCUGAUCAAAAUACAUUCAAAUGUAGGCUUAGCCUUUGAUUAUACUGUAAACUGUAUUAAACUGAGUAGCUGUGUAUUAUUAAUUAUUAUUAUUAUCAUUAUUCUGACUAAAAGUCAUCUAAGUCUGAAUGAUGAAAAAUGGGAGGCAAUAAUUAUAGGCAUAGUUUAGAAAUGGAAAAGGACUGAAUAAAAUAUAGAAAAUUAUUCAUUAUUCCGAAACAGUUGAGGGUGCUAAAAUGUGAUUUUUGGCUUGCUAAUUCUUCAUCAUUUUGAUUUUGAUGUUUAUUGUUCUCUUAUGACCUGUCUGUAAACUGUACACACCAGUAAAUAAUUAUAAAAGUGGAUGCCCCAUGUUCCCAUAUAAAACUUAAAUCUCUUAUUCUCUUGCUAUCAGUACACCCCAAUAAUGUGUAUUUUUUAAAAACCAGCCCUUUGUUUUAGAAAAGUUAAUUGAAAGCCCAAAAUGUAGAAUCAUUAAUUAAUUGAUUUAUUUUUUCAUUGACACUGGCAAACAUAUAGAUAACUGGUUUAGUUUAAUCUCUGGUUAUAGGCUACUGGUAAAAAUGACUUACUGAAUGUCUAAAAAGGGUGUUGCAAACUAUUAACUAUUAACAUAAAAAGUUUGGAAAGCACUAUCUUACAGCCUAAUAGUAGGGCUAUAGUAUUUCUGUGAUUUUGUAGUCACACGCAUAUUCAUAUUAGGCCUAUACCAUACUCUAGUGCUAGUCUACACUUAUAAUAUAGGCUAUUAUAUUUUAUUUUAUAAAGCAUUCUUAAAUAAUAAAUAUCUUAAGUGGGUUUAAGUAGACUUUUAGAAUAAUAUUUAAGAUAUUACCAAUAUUUAGUUUGAGGCGCUACUGUUACCAUAAUAAUAAUAUGUUAUAAGUUAUAAGCCUUUUGGCUUCGACCGGAUUACUAUAAGAAUGUCUAUUACUGUACUAUUAGACUAUAAAAAAUAGAUUUCAUUUAAUCUAAAACAACAGUUUCAGUGAACACCUCUGAAAGAUAGAAAUAGAAAAUAGAAAGGUGUUCAGAUAAAAAAAACAACCCUUCACUAACAAGAUGAUAGGUUAUGGCCUCUUCAGAAACUAAAAAUGGCAAUGUGUGGAGCAAAUAAGCCAAAUGUUACAAAGAACCAUCUUCUUUAUCUUUACUCUGAUAAAAAAAUUCAUUACUUAGAGCAAGGGGUUUAGUAACAGUAAAGUCAAAGACAUAAAAAGGGUUAAACAAAUUUGGAGUGACUUUAAAAUAAUAUUGGAAGAAAUUUAGGCAAUCCUCCGAAGUCUGGUCCCAAAUUAUUUCCAAUGAUAACUCUUUACUUAAAAGUCUUAGGCAUCAUUUUGUUUUGAAAUUUAUGUUUGCGUAAUUUCAAUAAAUUUGCGAAAUUAUGGCAGGUAGACCAGCCGCACCGAUAAGCAUUAGUUCGGUUAUUUUGCCAGCUGCACAACUGGGCGGAAUUGAUGCUUUAAUGUCAAACAAGUGUGAUGGUUGUAGUGGCUGGCCUGACACCACUUGAUCAGAAACAACUUUAAUUGUGGAACAUGCAGGCGCCCAAUGCAAGCAACAACAGUUUUUCGUGGCGUUGUUGCCCAUGCCACACCCACAGUUGUGUUAGAACCGGGUCAUUCUUUGCCAACUGCGAUAUAAAAACUGAAAAAAUAGAUAUGAUCAUGUAUUAUUGGGCUUAUGAAGUCAAGUGUAAACACGUUAUGUUGUUAAAGAGUCUGGUUAGCUGGGACACUAUCCUCAACUGUAACAACUAUCUUCAUCAGGAAUGCUGUCAAUGGAUGCUGACAACCAAUCAACUGCUGGGAGGCUUCGAUGCAAACAGCCAGUCUGUUUUCGUUGAGAUGGAUGAGAGUGACUUUUUCCAUAGAAAAUAUCACCGUGGACAGCAAAGCGUUGGUAAGUUGGUUGUUGGCUUGGUUGAACGUGGUAGCGGCCGAUGUUUGAUGGAGGUUGUUGGCCGUCGAGAUGCACUAACACUCAAGUGCGUUAUCACUGAUCAUGUAUUACCAGGGACAACUAUUGUCAUGGACGCUUGGUGAAGAUAGCAAAAUGUCGCUGAGCUCAACAACUGGAUUUAUGCUCACGCUGUCAAUGUGCACUCGCAUGAAUUUGUCGAUUCAGUAGAUGAGGACAUUCACACAGAAACUAUUAAAAGACUUUGGAUGCAAGCGAAAUGUAGACUCCGCUAUCAGAGUGUUACUAGUCGCGGUCUGUUUGCUAGCUACUUGGGGGCCUUUCAAAGGCACAACAGUCACAAGCAGAACGUUUUCGGCUGCUAUUAAUGCUAUGCGCCAAUUACAUUUAGUAUUUACUGACUGGUUUGUAAAGUGACAGUUAUUUGCAAAAGCUAUGACUGACAUUUCUGCUGUUUUCUAACAAUACACACUGUGCAUUGCAAUUUUUUUCAUACAAAAUAAUUUGGGACCCGACUUUUGGAGGAUAGCCGAAAAUUAUAUUUUAUUGCUCAUUAAAUUAACACAACAUUAUAAACUGAACCAUAGAUUUUAAUUAAAUUAAGGCAAGGGAGGGUCUAAUCAAGCUACUUUAUGCUCUUGGAAAUAAUCCAUCUUUGUGAUUUCUGUUAAUUAUCACUGUAAUUAAAUUAUUUUUAUCUGAACAGCACCAGAAGUAUAUAAUGUGUGAGUUAAAGUUUAAAGUCUUGCACUAAUAUGUGUUGUGUGAGCUGCUGAGCUAUUUAUAGUAAACCUGAAUGAUGCGAAUUACAGUCUACAGGAAUGGCUCACUUACAAAUGGAAAGGUUUGUUUCUCAUUACACAUACUGUAUAAUUUUUGAAAUUCUGUAGCUAUAUGUGUUCUGUGAUUCUUUAUCCAUAAAUAUUAAAAUGUAGGCUAUUAUCUAGUGCUAGUUUGAAGUAACAAUUUAAGUUAAGGAAAUGAAAAUCUUUUUUUUUUCUAAAGGUUGUGGCAGUGAAAGAUACAAUGGAAAAUUUAAUGGAAAAUAUUGGAGAAAAACUUGGUUGCACUGUAACCUGUCUUUAUAAUCAUCUUGGUGGAUGUAUAGAUGACAUUGCUAUAAUCAGGUAAUGUCACUGAUAGAUCCAGAGUAGUCAGGGUGUUUUUUUAAAAUUCAAAUUUCAUCCUGCCUUAAAAGAAAAAUUAUUUAUCCAUCAGACAUAUUUAUAAUGAAUUUUAUGAUACUUUAAUGUAACUCUGCUGAUAGUAAAUAUUGACUAAUCAAAUAUGUGUGCAAGUCUUUUGAGUAUAAAAUUUAAGAACUUCCGUGCCACAUUCUCUUGCUGUAGUGUUGCAGCUAACAAUUUUAUGCAUUAUUAUACCGUAUUAAAAUGUUAUAAAUGUAUAUUAAAAAAGUAAUUUCUGCACUGCUAACAAAAUAUCACAAUGAUAUGGCCAACCUGCCUUUGAAAGUAAUGGAAGGAAAGUUUACAGUUUAAAUACAUUACAGUAGGAUGAGAAAAUUAGCGGUAUUUUAAGUACUGGUAACCUAAGCACUCAAAUAAAUCUUUAUGUUAUGAUGCAUAUUUAUAAAAAGGCAAUAAUUUUUAAAAUACAUGAUCUAUUUUGUUGGUUAAAUUAACUCUUAUGCUACUUCCACUGAAUAUAAUUUUAAAAAUAACCAUGUUGAUAAAAAAUUAUUUGUGAUAAAUAACAUGUCAUUUUAAAUAGGCAGGCCAAGUAAUCUUUUGAUGAACUGAAUAUAUAUAAGGCCUAUAUAUAUAUAUGUUUCCUAACAUGUUAACUUCUUUUUUUUUUAAAUCUGCUUUUCCAGUGAAAUCUUAACAAGUACUGGUACCGGGUAUAAAAAAAAAAGAUGUUGAUUUAUUAUAAAGUUUUUGGAGUCAUUAACAAUAUUGUCAAAUUUAAUGUUUACUCUUACUCACUCUUAUCCUAAUAAGUUCAUUGCAGAAUGUCUUUAACACUGCCCUUUGAGCCUAAGAUUCUUUUUUUAUAAAUUAAAUUUAAAUAAGUUUUCUCACCAAUAUGCGGGUAUAUAAAUGUCUAUUUUUAUUUAGGGAUGAUGAUCUUUUAUUUGCAUCAGAAGGAGAACCAUUUAUUUGUAAGUAUAUUUGUGUAAAUAUUGGGAAUAUAUUUUUUUUCAUAAACUGUUUCUACAAAUGGCCGCUGGCAUUUAGUUUUUAUCAGGGCCACUAGGUUAAUAGAAAUGAAUAGAGGAUGAUGCAUAGCAUGCAAAUGAUGAGGCUGGAAUAGUUCAUAACAUCGCAGUGUUAAACACAUGCCUCAUGUCCUAUGCACUAUCAGUAAAAUAAAAGUUACCGUAACCACAGAUGGCUGUGUUACUCUUUUUGAAGUAAAAACGAACAGCAUGUUUUUCCCAAGGAUUUUGCUCACAGGAUGGGUUGAAAACGAUCUUGGUAUGGAUUAAAAAUAACUAUUACGGUAUAAUUAUGUUUAGGUGACAUUUGUCAUUGUUUAGUGUAAUCAAUCAGUUGUCAUUCUCUUAGGUUUAGAGAGGUCAUUAAUUAGAGCUGUCAUAGAGAGAGAGUGAGUUGUCAGUAGAUUUUUAAAAGUGGGAGAUAAUGAUUGUGCUGAAGGUGUUCAAUCAGAGAGCUGUCACUAGAUUUGUUAAAAGUUGGAGAUAUUGGUUGUGCUACCAAUGUUCAAUCAGAAGAGGUUUGCUUUGUCUGUUAGUAAUGAUAUAGACUGGUAAGUUCAUACAGUGUCGUAGGAUUUAAGAUUUGUUUUAGAUUUUGUUAAAACAGUAGACAUAAAUUGCUUGUAGAGGUAAGGCCAGUGUGUGCCUAGUGGAGGUCAGUAUUGGGAGGUGUUUGGUUAAAGGUGAAUUCCAUGUAAACGAGGACACAACAUCCAAAAAUUAAAUUUCAUAAAAUUUAGUUCUAUAUAAAUGUAUUUCAUGCAUCUUGAUAUGGAUUAAUUUAUAGUACCUGAAUCUUUAUUUUGUGUGACACAUGACCUGGUGGCCAUCUUGAAUUAAGAACAUGUCUGCUCAUUUUAAUAUAUAUUUUGUUGAAUUUUAUUGUUUACAUUUUAUAAAUAUAGACAGCCUAUUUUCAUGAUCACAGUCAAUUUCACAUGAUGGACAAGCAUAAAACACUUAUUUAUGUAUGUUAAAGUUUAUUUAACUAUUACAGUGAAGUAUUUGUAACUCAGUAAAAGAAUUGGCAUUAAUGGCAUUGUUGUUCUAUUUUUUAUUGCUUGCAUUCAGACACGUUAACUCAGUUACAAAGUCACGUUACGGGUAUGUCACUUACAUUAUUUUGUCUGUAUUUUUUUUUAAAAUUGUGCUUUCUAAGUAGUUUUUAAAGAUUGUCCUUAAAAAAGUGAACACUGUAGAUAAUUAGUUUGAAAUACGAAACAACAUAUUUCCUUUAAAGCAUAUUUCAGAGGAAAUCAACAAAUAAGAAGCUAACUCAGAUACUAUAUCUUUUUCAUGUUAUGUCAGAUACAAUUCCAGAAUUUUUAAUUUUUACCAUUACUAUUAUGCUUAAUAUAUUUUUAUAAAUGCCAUUAAUAUUAGUUUACAGUCUACCGACUUUACUUAAGACCCAAAACCCUGUAUAGUUAAAUUAAAAUGACAUUUUUCAUUUAUACCAUACUGGAAGCAAAUUGGAAUUAUUUUACUGAAAGCUACUUCAGUACCGGUUCCAUGGAAUUAACUAAAACAAUUUCUUACUACGUUACUUAGACAACUGUUUGCAAAUAUUUAAUAUUUUAAAAUUAAAUGAAAUCUCAAUUUAAUUUAUUCGUUCAAUGUCCAAUUAGAUCUUAUUAAAAGAAAUUCCCCAAAGCUUAAAAUUUUUAAUUGAUACCGGUAAAAACUCAGAUACCGUACAGUAUUUGUAUUUUAAAAACUUCCAGAUGUGCCUGUUCUGAUCCCACAAUCUUUAAGUGUCGGAAGAACUUCAAAUGCACUGAGUUCUGAUACUGGAUUAACACAUAUUUCUGAACAAGCUGAUGCUACUGUGGCAAAGUCAGACUGGGUCACCCUCAAUGUUGGAGGAAAACUUUUCACUACCACCAGGCAAGAUACUUAUUAUAUGACUUUGUCUUUACUCGAAUGUACCGGUACCAAGCAUAUCAUACGUGUUACUAAAUAUUUAUGUAAACUUAAUAAAUAUUUAUUUAAACUUUAUAUUAAAAAGUAUGGCUUAUAAUCUAUUUUUAAUCAGAGGUACUCUGACAAGAUUUGAUGGAGACAGCAUGUUGGCAAGAAUGUUCAGCACAGAUAAAGGUAUCUAAUUAAUUAUCUUUCUUUUUUUUUUUUUUCCAAGUUUUAUUUUUCAUCAUCAUCAUUUGAAAGUACUAAUAUGAAUGACAGUAUUAAUUUAAGUUGCUUUUCUAAAUUUUUUAUUUUGAUAAGGUACAGUAGAAGUCCAUUAGUCAGGCAUCCAACAGUCCGGAAUGCCCGAUAGUCCGGCAUCGCUUCGGAAAAUUGUAAAAAUGUUGGUUUUCUCCAAAAGUCUGUCUUUAAAGCAAAUAAAAAUCGCUCGAGAGCUAUUCGGAAGUUUUCGAGGUAGUUCGGGAUCAUCCGGAAGCGCUGGGUAUUGUUCGGAAACAAUUAGCGGCCCGCUAGUCUCAGCUGUCACAACAAAUACAGGUGCAGUGCAGCACAGUUAAUCAAUCACGAAGCGUCUUCACCAUUUUUUUGUGCGUUGUUGUUUUGUGUCCUUUCACAUCGCAGUAAACUGUGUCUCAGUACUCUCUACUGUAAUACAGUACAUCUGUAGUGACGUACGUAACUUUUGAAACUGUUUAUAAACAAAGUGAGUUUCGUUCUAACUGUACAGUGACCAUGUUUUCAAAACCUAAGCCUUCGAGUUCAAAAGGAGAGAAACGAAAACACGUAACACUGACUCUCAAUCAGAAACUAGAAAUCAUCAAACGGCUGGAAAAAGGUGAGAAUAGAAAUGUUUUAAUAAAUGAGUUUAAUUUUGGCUCAUCAACUAUUUAUGACAUUAAAAAACAAAAAGAUGAACUAAUAAAGUUUGCUUCUCAAUCGGUAACAACUGAAAAAUUGGCUUCUAGACAAACAUUAAAAAAAACAAAACUAGAACAGCUAGAUAGUGUAUUGUUCAAAUGGUUUAGUGCAGUACAAGAACUAACCGAUGAGGACAUUAUCAACAGUGUAGUAAACCCUCAGCCUACUCAAAAUCUUGAAGAAAGUGACUCAGAUGCCGAAACGGAAGAAAAGGAAAAAAUCAGGUGGGCAGAAGCUGCAGAAUCAAUAAAUAAGUUUAUCUCUUUUGUUGAGGCUAGUACUAGCUACAGUGCUUCAGAAAUUAUUGAUUUCCAUAUCAUUAGAAAUAAAUUUUAUACUAAACGACAAAAGUCAAGAAAACAAAAAGACAUUCGUGACUUUUUUAAAUCUAAGUGAAAUAUGUUUUACAGUAAAUGUACAUACAUUAUAUGAAAUGUAAAAUAAACUUUGUUGUAUUUGCAUACUGUAUUUGUAGUUUAAUUAUUAACCUAAUUGUUCUUAUAAUUACGAUUUAUGUAUGGUAUGUAGUUAAAAAAACAAAGUACAUUUGUUUUACCGCAAAGCCUACACUAAAAAGAAGGAGCACCGCCCGAUAGACCGGAAUUUUCGGUAGUCCGGCACCGAGCCGGUCCCGAACGUGCUGGAUUAUCGGACUUCUACUGUACUUGUACACUUUUAAAAAUGCAUUAAAAUAAUUUUUAACAUGAUUUUAUUUAUUUUGUUUAAUUUCAGAAAUAGAAUGGUAUAGCAGAAUGGAUGAAUCUGGAGCUUAUCUGAUUGAUCGCAGUCCUCUUUACUUUGAACCCAUUUUAAAUUACUUGAGACAUGGCAGACUCAUUUUAGAUAAAUUUGUUAAUCCUGAAGGUAAUAAAUUGGGAUAUAUUAUUAUUACAUUUUUUUUAAAAGUAGGUGAUAAUUCUCAGCAAAGAUAACAUUUUUAAAAAUUCUCCUUGUUAUAUAUUGUUUAAUUAAUGACCUUACUAGUUUUAAUAAAAUGUUUAUUUAACAUAUAUGUUUGUUACGCAACUCAAGUGAUUAGAUUUUUAAAAAAAAAUGUAACAGUGAGCAUUAAAUUAUUUUUUUCUUCCAUAAAUUUCUGUCAGGGGUUUUGGAAGAAGCAAAGUUUUUUGGGCUUUCAUCUUUAAUCGAAACAUUGGAAGAAAUGAUUGAGGUUAGUCUUAGAUUAUUAAAAUGCCCAACGUUUGGUGAUAUGAUAGAAAUAAAGCUCUAGGCAACUCAAAAUGCCAAGAAAUGUUUCAGAUGUUUAAGUUAAUAUACUUUAGCUUUGAUGUUCCUUAAAUUUUAUUGAGCAAGAUUAGUAUUAACUUUGCCACAGAGACCCAGAAAUAUUAAGUACCGGUACAAGCAAUUUAUAAAUAACAAAAGAUUCACAAAUGUUUUUAAGAAUAUCUGUACAUCCCUUGAUUAUUUGCAUAUUCUAAUUCAUUCAAAAGUGAAUUUCUCUUACGGGUAACUUAAAUAUUAAAAUUAAAAUGCAAGACUUAUUUAACUAUCAUUCUAUAGCGUGAGCAGCUCCCUGAUGAUAAUACACCCAUAACAAGACGUGAUCUGAUUUUAAGAUUAUUAGCUACUCCAACUAAUCAAGAACUCAGGUGUCAGGUCAGCUUUUAAAAAAAAUAUAUUUGAAAAAAUAGAUACCGGUAUUGAUUUUGAACUCUUUUUUCAAGGUUUCUGAACAGUUGAUUAUUGCGGAUGAUUUUAAAUUAACCCUAGGAAAGCUGCAGAGUUUAGGAAAUAUGUUUAAAAAAAUGUUUGAUUAAAAAAACAAAAAAGUAGAAUUUUUUAAAGCAUUCAAUUAACUAUGGUGCAGUAAAGGAAAGGUUUUUCUGUACGGUUACGAUAUUUAUUUUAAGAUGUAAAAUAUCCCAUUACGAAUUCUUGCAGGGAAUGAAUUUCUCUGGUGCAAAUCUUUCCAAACUUGAUUUGAGGUACAUCAAUUUCAAGUAUGCUAUCCUGAAAAAUGCAAAUCUCUCUGGUGCCAACUUGUCUUUCUGUAACUUUGAAAGGGCAGAUCUUUGCAAAGCAUUUAUAGAUGUAAGUUCUCAUUACAAUUCCCUUUCAAAGUAAAAUAUGCAAAUUUUAAAAAAAGUUUUUUUUUUUUUAGAUAGAAAUAUGAUAUCUGCUUGUAAAAUAAUGAAAGUUAAAGCAUACAUUAAUGGGUAUAUGAAAAAUGUUUACAGAUUUCCAGUGACUGAUAUGUUUUAUCGCAAUGGGUUUUACUUAUUGUGAUAUGUUUGAUGACAAUGGGUUUUGCUUGAUCUGAUAUGUCUUAUCACAAUCACAAUGGGUUUAGCUUGAUGUGAACUCACAUUUUAUUUGAAAGAAAAAACAACAACAUUGGCAAUAGGAUUUUGAAAAAAUAUGGUUUAAAAAUAUGUAACGCAUAAUUUGUACUUUCAGUCUGCUAAUCUUAUGGGUGUGAAGAUGUUGUGUGCAAACUUAGAGGGUACAUCCAUGAGAGGUUGUUACUUUGAGGAUCCUGCUGGGAGCCGUGCUAGCAUGGAAGGUAAGAUUGUUGGAUUAGCAUGUGGUGGAGCCAAUAUUCUCUCAUUUUUUUAAAACAUGGAUUGUGUAUUGUAUGAACUAUGUCCAAUGAAAGGGUUAGUUAGGACAAGCACAUGGAAAGGGGUGCAAAAACAAGAAUUUUGAAAUAAAUAUUAUUUAAUGCACAGAAUAUUUCAAAGUGGACCUUUGGAACUGUGGGAACAGGAAUUAUCAAACUUAAAUUUUUGUUUCACAAAAUCCCAAUGAUGAGUCUCGAAAUACUAUGAACAAUUUGAAAGAUAUUUUUAAAGUUAAUUAUUAUUAUUAUUAUUACCGUAUUACAAAGGUCUUGUAUAGCACGGUACCCCUGCCUAGGGAUUUUUAAAAAGUGCUAUAGUUUUAACUAUAUUUGAAGUCAUUUUUGAAAUAAGAAUAAGUAUCAGAAUAUGAAAACUCACACAGUUUUUAGAUAAUAAUCGGUACCAGGAUGUUGUUCAAAAUCUGUAGUACGGUACUGGUAUACUGAUAAACUUUGUUUUAAAUUUCUUUCCAAUGUCCAUUGGCAUUAUUAAUUAUUAUUUUCAGGUGCUUUGAUGAAAAAUGUUGAUCUUGAAGGUAGUCAUAUGGCAGGGGUGAAUCUUAGAGUGGCAACACUGAAAAAUGCAAAUCUCCAAAACUGUGAUCUUCGAGGUGCUAUUCUUGCUGGGGCAGAUCUUGAGGUAAGAUAACAAUUUAUUUGUUAUGAUGCAUUGUAUACUGAGAACAUAAAUUCAUGUCAAUUCUUGUCACGAUAACACAAGAUUCAAUCCAGCUCUCUUAGCCAUUACUUUGAUGCUCUUAAAAUAUAUACGGUACUGUACUUUUAUAAAUUUCCUGAAAUUUUAAUUUAAAAAUGUAAACAUCAAAUUCAAACUAUCAUUUAAUCUGCCCAUUUCUUAAGCUAAAUCUAAUCAUGCCGCGGCUUACCCGUGUAUAGGUUUACUUACUUUAAGCAGAUUUCUGAUCGUUAAUGCUGCAUAAACUUUAUGGUUUGUGUCCGCUGCUAUUCUAUCAGACCAGUCAAAGUGUUUUCUGGUAAAAACCCCCCUCAAAAUUUUAUUUUAAAUACCGUACCGGGUACCGUUAAUGAAAUGGAAUUUUACUUUGAACUAUUUCAGACCUGUUUACUCUUACAAUUUUGGCGUACUAUGUACAGUUUUGAGAUACAUUAUAAAUACUUUAUGUUUAUUUUUUGCUAUUAACUCAUUCCCGACGGUUGCGACUAAAUGCGUCCUCGGGGGGUUCCUACUGAUGCGUCCAAAUGCGUCCCGGCGCAUAGCGACACACCUCUCUUAUUUUUAGUUAAAAAUAGCAAUGAAAUCUCGCACCCCUCGAGACUUCCGGCUAUGGCGUGAUUUCUGCGUGAUUUUAAUUUAGAAACCGGAAGUUUUUAUCUUGUUUCACUUUAAAACUACGUGUGCUUUAGUACGGCGCGUCUAUAUGUACCACGUGUUCGUCCGAGGUGCCGAAAAUCGAUUUUUUUGGCCAUUGUUCGUUAUUUUUCCCCCGCUAAUGUUAUAUUUAUAUUAAACCUUAUUCAUUUUUUGUUGCAUUUGUUCUUAAUUCAUUAACAUUAAAUAAUAUUUAGCAACUUAAAAAAAUAUUUUAAAAAUAUAUAUCAAUUUCAAAACUGAGUUGCUUCCCUUUUCUCAGGAAAAUAAAUUAAGUCCGGAAGCAGCGCUGCCGGAGGGAAUGAGUUAAGAUAAUGAAUAAUGUGUUGAAGGAUUUUGUGAUGACGUUGUACCAUUUUAAGAGUUUGAGGGUAAACAGGUCUGCUUUUUUUUUAUAUGGUAUUUAAACUGUAAGGCAACGCAUCAGUUUAUGUUAGACUUUAAAUGACAAGAAAUUGCUGUACUAACAGAGGUGGCUGCAGUUGUCAUCAAAAAUACAUCGGGCAGGACUUUUGUUAAACUAGGCCAAAAUAGGGUACCGGGUGUUUGUUAUCUUUCUUGGAUUACUCGAGUGUCACUGGUCGUUAUUUCAAUGUUAUGAUUGUAGCACUAGUGGCCCUAAGUGGGCGCCAGUUGUUAACUAAAGUAAAGACAAAGAAGUAGGCAGAGGCAGUAAUGAAAUAAUGGGAUCCAACUUCAGAGCAACUCUCUCUCACUUUUAACACAAAGCAACUACAAAAAUUUGGGGAUGGGCGAUUUUCAUAUUUUUCUUUUUGAAAUUGUAAUUAAAAUGCUAAAAGUGUUUUUAAACAACAUUCUUACUAGUAGUAGCAGGCAGGUCUGCCUCUUUGUCUCAAAUACAGAUAGAUUAUAAAUUUAUUAGUGGCGUUUUACCUUUAUUUGAAAACUUAAGUAUUUCUUUAAUCACAACUAACUGUGCAAUGGUGUGCUCAUGAUCUUGGUCAAGAAACAUUUUCCACAGUUUCUUUUCUUUUAUAUUUACUGUUAAUGUUAGCUUUAUUUUAUUCUUUAAAGUUAUGACAUAAAAUAAAUUUUAAUCAGACCUUACAUCAAGGUUUAAACAACAAAUAUAAGUACGAUACCGGUAAUAAAAAUGUCAUGCACUGUAAGAACAAUAUAAUAAUCCUCUAUCUGAUGGGUCACAGUUUUAAAAAUUAUUAAUAAAUAUUAACUUGUGUAAAGUUUAAGAUCUUACUGAAUACUGUUAUGGAGUCAUGGUGAAACUGCCUGAUUAUCUUUUCAGAACUGUGAUUUGACUGGCUGUGAUCUUCAAGAAGCCAACUUGCGUGGGGCCAAUUUAAAAGGGGCAACUUUUGAGUUGAUGUUACAUCCUCUUCACAUGGCCCAGACCGUCAGGUAGUUAAGGUCUGGCCUUUUGUACCAUUCAUAUAUUUUUAAAUUCUCAUUUUCUAUAAAGAUACAAUUCCAAAUGUGUUCACUUAGGUAUAUAAUUAGCAAUUGUAGUUAGACAACGAGGCGUCUAAUUUUCUUUGCUCAGAAAAUAUAAUCGUUGAUACCGGUUCUUAAACAGAGAGGUAAUUGUUAGUAAUUUCAGAUUUGAACACAAUUUUGUUGCAGCUGCUGUUCUAUUUACUACUGUACUUUACUAUUUAACUUAAUUUUAACCACCAAGAGAAAAAAAAAAAAACUGUACUGUGUCAAUUUUUGUUACUGGUUCCAUAAAACUCUUGGGAUACAGAACUGCAUUAAAAUGUUUCUUGUUUUUUAAUCAAGCAAAUGAAAAGUAUCAAAGCUAUUGACAAUUUUGUUAGUACAUAAAGAUGAUCAAAGCUUUUUACUUUACUUUGAAAUUAUAUUUACCAUACACCUGCAUUAUAUUAUUAGUUAUGUUUUUCUUACAAAAUUUAUAGUUAAAAAAAUAUAAAUGAAUGUGAAUCUAGUCAACAAUCACACUCUUGAUAGUAAUCAAUGUCUUAGCCAUGUCUAUUCUGUAGAUAGCUUGCAGUAACCAUAUCAAUUUACUGCACUUCAUUUUAAAAUAUUAUUUAAAGAAAUGUUAAUUGCAACAUAAUGCUUGAUUGGGGAAAUAAAUGGAAGAGGAAUUUUUCUGGAGAACACAUUUUGUUUGUAAAGAUAAAAACUGGCAUGUGAUGUUUCUUUUUGAGUUUCUAGUUAUUAAGGGGACACAAUGCAGGCUCUCCUCCUAAUCCAGGUUAAAUAUUACAAGUACAGGAAC